UGCAAUGGAAGCCUCGCGCGUUGGCGUAACAAAUUGGAAGGGAGAUAGACGGGCCAGGACAAGCAAUGGUGAAAUUCUCAGUGGACGGGAAGACGAUGACCAUGCGCCCAGCAGCUCCGUGCUUGGCAGGAGGCGCCGUUCGCCUUCUUCCGGCCAUCAAUCCGAACAAGGAGAAGGUAGCCGAAGCCGACGCCGACUCGCCGAGGAAGGAGAAGAGGGAGGCGGAGAAGAAGAGGAAGACCGGGGUUCAGACAGCGAACGGAGAGACGAAUUGAAACCGAGCGAUGACGAAUUGGAAGAGCAGGAUCGAGACCCAUCGGAGUUUGCGGAACGGUACGGGGACGAGUACUCGUCCGAUCGUAGUGGGUCCCCUCCAUGUGGCCGGACGGAUGGGUCGUUCAAAGUCACUGUCACGGACCCAGAUGUGUUUGACUGCGCCGUCUGUCUCGAGCCUUUGACGAUCCCGGUUUUCCAGUGUGAGAAUGGGCACAUAGCUUGCUCUUCCUGCUGCAGAAAGAUAAGCAACAAAUGCCCGUCCUGCUCUAUGCCUAUUGGCUACAACAGAUGCCGCGCCAUGGAGAAAGUCCUGGAGUCUGUCCAGAUGGCAUGUCGAAAUGCAAAGUUUGGCUGCCAUCAGAAGUUUGGUUACCACAUGAAAAAUGACCAUGAGAAGACGUGUUUGUUCGCGCCUUGUUCGUGUCCCUUUUCCAGUUGCAGCUACGUUGGCUCAUUUAGGAUUUUAGUGAAGCACUUCAGCACCAAGCAUGGGGCUUCUCCGACAUCCUUCUGUUUCAACUUCAACACCUUUUUCUUGAUGAAUGUUGAGACGGAGGUCCGUUUGCUUAAAGAAGCAAGAGAAGAUGUUCUCUUUGUCUUGAAAAACGAAACUGUCGACCUGGGCAACAAGAUUAAGAUCAGUUGCAUUGGCCCCUUGCCAAAGGCGGCUUAUUUGUACGACAUAGUCGCAAAAUCUCGAGAAAGCUCUCUCAAGCUUCACACUUGCACCAAGAGCUUUUCAGACUUUGAAUAUAAUCCUAAUUUGGAGCCUUACCUUUUGGUGCCAAGAGGGUUCUUCGAUGAUUUCUUGGGUCUCAAGUUGGAAGUGUGCAUUUGGCGCAGCGGAGCAAUAGAUUAAUGCAGUCGUGUUUACUUUUUCGUUACCAUCAAUUCGUCGAUAGGAACUCUCACUGUACAUAAUCAACUGUGUUAAUGUUAUUUUACUUCAAAUCCUUCACCCUCAAGA